GAAGUGGAGAGAGUUGAUAACAGUACCGACUCCAAGGGCAGGGUCACUUCUGUACGAUCUGCACCAUCUCAUCACAGCAGUUUUUAUUAGAUAGAUGAACGUAUUGUUUCACAGAUGUACUGCAUUCAGAGCAGACAUGUUUACGUGGUCAGCACGGAGGAUUUUAUCCACUCAAUGGCAGCUGCCAGGGGGCAGGCGAGAGUUCUGGGGGUGGCUCAAUGCUGUUUUCAACAAAGUUGACUAUGAGCGAAUUAAAGCAGUAGGUCCUGACCGAGCGGCUGCGGAGUGGCUUCUGAGGUGCGGGGCAAAAGUUCGUUUCCGUGGUUUCGACCGAUGGCAGCAUGACUACAACGGACUCCCUACUGGGCCUCUGGGCCGGUACCGAAUAGAAGCUAUUGAUGCCACCGAGUCUUGCAUCAUGUACCGUGGUUUCGAUCACCUGGAGGGUCUAGAAAAUGUGGAGGAAAUCAGGUUGAAUAAGUGUAUUUAUAUCGAAGACGCAUGUCUGGAGCGUUUGAGCCAAAUACAGACGCUGCAAAACAGCGUGAGGAAUAUGUCUAUAGUGUGCUGUGGCAAUGUGACAGAUAAAGGACUCAUCGCUUUACAUCACCUCAGGAACCUGGAGUGGCUGUUUCUUAGCGAUCUGCCUGGUGUAAAAGAUAAAGAUCAGACUGUGGACAGACUCCAGACCGCACUUCCCAAACUCACCAUAGAACUGGAUCUCGCUUAGCUUUACUCUGAGUGCACCCAGUUAAUCACAGCCCUUAUAGAGCACAUCUAAAAAACCACAACACUCACAGCCAUAGGACCAGGUCACGGCAAACAAGCCUGCUGGCUGAUGUCCAUGGCUGCCCUGGCAACUGUGUCUAAGCAACUAUGCAUCCAAGGGAUGGAUGCAGAGAGCACCUCUUCCUUGGAGCCGAAUCAACAAUAUCAAGUUCCCACUGAAUUAACUUUGAUCAAAUAUACAUUGGAUUUUUUUCAGACAACCCAGGAGUGUUAAAGAAUGUUAUAUUGCCGUUCUCAAUAAAAUCCUUACUUAA